AUGUGUACAGUGUGUUUUCAGUUGCUCAUACGGAUAGCGAUCUUUUUCGGUCUCGAAAAACUCAAGUCGCUAGGCACUGAUGUUUUCCCCGAGGGCGCCCUCUUGUCUUUGGAUCAGCAGAGCGCGUACGAUCGGGUCGAUCACGCCUGGAUCUUCGAGGUCUUUGAGGCCUUUGGGUUCGGUGAGCGUUUCAUCUCGCUGCUGCGCGCUCUCUACGAUCCCGAGACUCUGGGGGUGCGCUACCUUGUCAAUGGGUUCCCCACGGACUUGGUGCGGUUGCUGUGUGGUCUCGGUCAAGGGGAUCCCCUCUCGUGCCCGGUUUGGAACAUCACGUUCCAGCCCUUCCUCGACGCCCUCGUUCGGCGCGGGAUCGCGCUCGACCUGCAGAAGGUGUGGCCAGGGGGGCCGCGUGCGCAGCUUACGCAUCUGGCGUUUGCCGACGAUGCUGUGGUGGUGGUGGAGUCACCGGCGGCAUUGUCGAAGCUGCAAACGCUGUCGCAGACGUGGUACGAGGCUACCAACGGGAAGACCAACACGGACAAGACGCUGGUGCUACCACUCGGACCGAACUGGCUUCGGGACGAGACUGCGCAGGCGCUGCCAACGGUGCAGGAGGGGGAGAGCUUCAAGUGGUGCGGUUAUGCCUUCUUUCGCCACGGUGACUCGAAACUGUUUUGGACCCAUGUUCUUGACAGGAUCAAGGCCAAGACCCGCGCCGCUCGAGACCGGACACUUUCGCCGAGUGGGAAGGUUUUCUAUGCCAACGCUCACAUCAUCUCGACGGUCCUCCACGUGCUGUCCUUCGACAUACCGCCUCAAUGGUUCAUUAAGGCGGCGGAGACGGCACUUACGGACUUUGUCUGGGGAGGAGCAGGGCGAAAUACCGUCGCUCGCGAUUUCGUGUUCCAGGCUCGGGAGGACGGUGGCUUGGGUUUGAUUUCGAUUGGCGACAUCGUUCAUUCGGUGGCGCUUCGAUUUUGGGAUGCUGUGGCGGGCUCGGACGAGGCGAUCUGGGCGCCCCUAGCUCGCGAGAGCUGGAGGUCCCUCGUCGCUGCGACCCGCGAUUUCAGUCCGUGGGGGUUCUUCAGCAGCACGGCUCGGGUCGAGAAGCUGUAUCGCGACUCGACGCGCUGGGGGGCAGUCGUUGCAGCGGCCAGGGUCACAGUUCCAACCAUCAAGUCCGAACUCCUUACGCUUCCCGAAUUGCUCUCGCUUCCGCCUCGCCUCCCUUCACUCUAUGCUGAAGGUGCCCAGCACGCAUAUGACGAUGCGGACGCGGUGGCGAAGUUUGCGCAGAUCGCGGACCUGUACUGGAGGGACGAAGGGAAGGGAUGGGCUCUGGUUGGUCAUCGACGCGGGUUCUGGCAGCACUCUAAGGAACCCGCCCUACAGCACGAGCACGUGUGGUCGCGCGUGGGUCAGUUGCUCAAGGCGAAAGCGUUGCUGCCCAAGACCGCGUUGCGACCUGCUCGGAUACCUCUCAAGGAGGCUCCCCGUCCUCGGUGCUUCAACUUCUUUGGGUUCUCCCGACCUUUUACGAUUCGCAAGCUUCGUCGGCUUGUGAACAAGGUGCGGUUCCCAGGGAGGGAGGACCGUGUCAAGCGUUUCCCUGAUGGGACUUCUCAGAGCGAUAGGAAGCGCUUCUGGAGAUGGCUUCAUGACCGGUUCGCGUCUGCUGUCGAGCAGGACACCCACUGGCGGCUCAUGUACGACGUGACGCCGACGCGCAAGAGGCAGCAUACUCAGGGUCAUGCCUCUUCGCCGACGUGUCUGUUCUGCGGCAACGAUGCAGCGGUCAUCGAGACGGUGUCCCACUACUUUUUCGAGUGCGCGUACUCGACCAGCUUCUGGGGUGGGGUGCUACGCAUUCUGCUUGACAAGCUCGGCAUCGAGGAUACCGACGUCGAUCCGUCGACGUUCACUCCGGAGCAGCUGACUAUGGGGCUCCCCCUUUUGCGGGGUCGUGGGAGAACGACCUCGAAAUGGAUGUGGGUUCGGCUGGCCUGCGCGAUCGGCUUCCAGCGGCUGCACCUGCUCCGCUGGCGCGUUCAUCAGCGGUUCGAGCUGGACAACGUCGUGGCCCCUCCCUCGCUUCCCAGUACGCUCAGAGCGUUCGAGCGAGAUUUUCUCUCUCGAGCGGGUUUUGUGCCUGGGGUUCGAGAUUGGGAGGUGUGAUGACCGAGUUAAGUCCUUCCUUCCCAUUUUCCUCCCCUGCUCUCUCUCCCCUCCUUUCCUCCCUUCCUUUUCGGAGGUCGACUUUUCUUUCAGAAGCUGACUGUCUUGAAACUUGUUGCGCAGUGGAAGGCUGCGCACCUCUCCCUCUCUCUACUUUGUGCAGUAGCGGUUUUCGUUCUUGGAUGGAUCGGCAAGCCGGGUCGAUCGUCGUUGCGUUGGAGGCUUUGUGAAGUUCUCCCCUCUCUUUCCCCCCCUUUCUCCCUUCUCUUCCUCAUCUCGUUCCUGUUGCUCGGUUGUUGACUACGCUUCAGCCACUUCUCCUUUUAUUCCUAAGCCGUGUGUUGGAUUCCGUCGAAUAGAUCGUUCGUUCGCGUUGGUCAAGAUCUACGGCAUGGAUCGGGAAGAAAGGUCGCUCGUUUUUUUGGUCAAUAUCCUCGCGUCAAGGCGAGGCUCGUUUCGUUGUAUUGGAUCGUUUUCGCUCGGCCCUGACGGCUCAACAGCCAGCACUCGAGACUCAGCCAAGGGAGGACAUCAGGCGCUGUCGGGGUGACGAGUAGCUGGGGCUUGGCUGCGGCCUGUCAGUCCCUGGGGACCUCUAGCUCUGGCUUCGACCCCCUCCCUUGGCCCCUCGGGUGUGUUCCCCUCCUCCUCCCCUCCUCUCUGUCUUAGUAUUCCUGGUUCUCCGUGUUUCCAGUCGUGAAUUUUUGUUUAUUCUCCCCUUUUCUUUCUCUAGGCGCUCUUGCCUGGUUUUCGAGUAUCUUCGCUCCCGCUCUUGGGACGUGAAGCGGCAGCAGUACUCACCGCCCGUUGGAGUCCGCGUUAGGUGCUCGGCGGGUUUUGAUCUGCGCAGCGCUCUUUGCGCGCAGGGGUUUGACUUUCACCCAAUUGCUUGCCGUCGUUGCUUUAUAACCUCUUUUAGCUCUUUUUCUAGCGGUCCCAGCCAACCCGAAGGAUUGCAAUUUAUGAGCCCCAGUAAUAAAAAAAAAAAAAAACACACAGCGACCCAACUCCUUCUCCCGGCUUGACUACUUUCUCCUACAAAGAGCUCACCAAAAAAGGCUCGACCAGGCCUCGACGAUCUACGACUAUCCCAAGGAUCUUUCCGAUCACCGACCGGUCUUGAUCGUACUGGCUCUCUCAGACGAUCUUGAUGCGGCUCUCCCACAGCUCAGCCUACCUACCACAUCCAACCAACUACAUCGAAUCAAUACCACAACCUUCAAGACGGUGGAAUUUCAGCGGAUGAUGGAAGGAUGGUUGGAAGGGGCAAGCGGGGAGGAUCCGGUGCGAGAGCUUGAGGAGGUUCUGGAGGCGUGCAGGGACAGGGGUGGGGAGAUGGCGAGGAGGCUGCAUCGGGAGCGGACGGAACGGAUGGAGUAUUUGGUGGGGAGGGUGCAGGAUCUGGAGGCGUUACCGGUAUGGGGGGAGGCGGAAACGGCAGAAUGGACAAGGACGUCCGAGGAACUCAAGCGGGCGGUCGAGGAGCGCGCGCGCCUACUCCGGAUCCGAGCCCACGUCCCCGAGAUCGCUUCCGAGGAACGACUGUCGCGGCCGGUCCACGCCAAGCUCGCGGCGCGGAACUCGGACUCCAAGAUCACAGCACUGCGCUUGGGCAACGGAGAGCUAACGCAUGACAUUGAUGUCGCUCUUGACCACACGCAGGCGCAUUUCCAGCGCCUCUACCACAUCGAGCCUCGUGAUCCGGAACGCGUCGACCGACUUCGGGACGAACUCCUCGUGCCGAUCAGGGCGGCACGGACUUGCGACGACCCGCGCUCAGAUCCGCUCUUUCUGCGCCGACUCUCGGAAGCGCAGAUUGAUCUCCUCCAGCAACCCAUCACCGAGGACGAGGUCGUGGCCGCGAUCGGGACGACGCACCCGGGGCGAUCGCCGGGCCCGUCGGGCGUGCCUUACGAACUCUAUCAGACCGCACCGGAGGCGUGGUCCAAGGUGCUGACCAAGGCCUACAACGCGAUGAUCGAGCGCGGUUCACUCUCUCCCAAGCAGGGCCAGGGACUCGUGCGCCUCAUCUUCAAGCGCCACAAGAAGAAUGCCGAUCGCGCCGAACUCUCGUCGUAUCGCCCCAUCACCCUGCGCGAGUGCGAUUACAAGAUUUUUACCAAGGUCUACGUCGCCCGAUUGAACCAAAUUCUGCCCGAUCUCCUCCCGCCGCAGCAGCACGGCUUCGUCAAGGACCGCCGAUCGGCCGACGCUGCACUACACCUUCGUCUCCUGAUCGAGGAACUUGGCGCGCGCAGGACCGAGUUCCCCGCGGCCGCGCUCUUGUCUCUUGACCAAUCAUCCGCCUACGACCUCGUCGAGCAUGACUGGAUCUUUGCCAUUUUCGACGCUCUGGGCGUUCCUACCACCUUUCUUCGCGUGCUGAGGAUGCUCUACUCGGGUGACUCGACCUCGGCGCGCUACAUCAUCAAUGGGUUCCUGACGGCGCCGGUGCGACUGACGUGUGGGCUCGGCCAAGGGGACCCGGCGUCAUCGUCGGUCUGGGACAUCGUGUUUCAGCCGUUCCUGGAUGCUCUACACCGUCGAAACAUCGCGCUGAAUCUCUCCAUACCUGCACUUCAUCCGUACCCACAGAGCCGCGCCAUUACAUCACUUGCAUUUGCCGAUGACGUUGUCGUCGCCGUCGCGGGCUUGGAGUCACUCAACUUGCUCGAUGACCUGGCGCUCGACUGGAGGCAUGCAACGAAUGGCCGGCUCAACACGGACAAGACGGUCGUCCUACCGAUUGGACGUCGCUGGGACCCUGGGGAACGGCCAAUCGUCGUCAAGGCCGCAGGCGAGUCGCUCGAGUGGAUCGGCCUCCCCUUCGACCCCAGCGGCGACACCGAACUCGCCUACGCGAAUCUCAUCGAACGGCUCGAGGCGACGCUGGAAGCGGUUCAGCAUCGCUGGCUCACGCACCACACCCGUGCCUUUUACGUCAAUCGGUACGCCAUUCCCAAGAUCCUGCAUUUCCUUGCAGCCGACAUCCCGCCGCCCGAAGUCGUCAAGAAGCUCGAUGACAUGCUCGUCGAUUUCGUCCGUGGGGGCAAGGGCAGGACCAGCUACGGCAGAGACAUUGUGUUCACCGCCAAGAACAAGGGGGGACUCGGGGUGAUAAGGAUGCGGGACGUUGUGGACGCGGUUGCGGCACGGCUCUGGGACGUUCUUCUCGGCGGUUCCGGCGCGAUUUGGCAAGGACUUGCGCGCGCAGCACUCCAGCGAGCUCAGCCCGACCUCGACCUGGCCACCGAUCUCUGGCCACAUCCAUCCACUCCCAUCCCCAACGACCUUCAUCCCCGAUGGCACGCCGCACUGGGCGUUCCGAAACUUCACGACGUGCAGGUCAACCCGAGGGCCUUGACCACCGCGAACCUGCUCGCGCUGCCCACCCUGCUCGGCAGCCUCCACACCCCCAUCAGAGGGAGACAGACCAUCGACGCGGUUCAUGUACCUGACUACCUUCGUCUCCAGGGCUACCCGAAGGUGGCGGAUCUCUAUCGGCGCGAGUUGUAUGCGGGUGGGGGGUUUCACCUCUGGACGCCGCCGGCGGAUGUGCUCGGCGACAACAGCGAGUACGAUCGACGCGGGCUCCCGCAGCGACUGGCAAUCGCGGCCUGGUACCGGUUCACUGUCGAUCGACACAAGAACACCCCCUUGGCGGCGGCGGUGGCGGCGGGACGACUCAACGUGCCUCCCCGGAUCGGCACCAGCGCACCACUCGAGGCGAUCAUCCCCAAGCCCGUGGCCCGCUUCGCAAUGGAGCAGCGCCUUCCGGACCCGGUGCUUCCACAACAGGCGAGCCAGUAUACGCUGCUGAACAUGGCUCGCCCCUACACAGUCCGUCGCAUCCGCCGGGUCCUGAACGCGAAGGCAUUUACCAACAUGCUCGGGCUCAAGGGACCACCGCAGCCGGACGACCUCAGGAGCUUCUGGAAGGCAGUCAACUCGAAGGCACUGACAGCGAGGGAGAGGGAAGUUUGGUUCAAGCUGAUCCUCCGCUUCACCCCGACGCGCAAGCUCCAGCACGAGCAAAAGCAUGUCACUUCUCCCGCGUGCCUCGUGUGCGAAGCGCCGGUGGACGACACCGAUCACUACUUCUUCGGCUGCGUCGACUCGCGGAACGUCUGGACCGCGGCGAGGGGCGUGCUCUGCGACGAGCUCGGAUGCGACACGAUCGAGGACGCCGAGUACACGACGCUUCAACGACUCUUUGGCCUCCCCAAGCUCAAGGCCAAGCUCAGCGAACAGGAAGGCGCAGGCAGGACGAUCGAGAUCUUCACGGGGAUGGUCUUGGAGAUGAUCAGCAGUGGGAGAUGGAGGAUGCAGAAGCACGGGACGAGGAUGGAAAGCCUGGAGCGGAGGAGGGUGGUACUGGAGGAGAGGAUGAAGUUGAGGGCGGGGGGAGCAAGGGGCGGGCGAGGGCAGUAG